CCGGAAGCGACGAGACUCUAUCUAUCGGAAGUGAUGUCAUAUCCCAGAAGCCUUGGAGAAGGAGAAGCGGGUUCCGGCGUUGUACCCAUAGUCCAGUUUGGAACGUUUAGGCAACGUGGUCUGAUUCUUUGCGAGAAGGCGUGCGCGUUUGUGCUCGGCCUGCUGCGGCCUUGCAGGCCUUUGGGGGCCAAAAGUUUGGUCUUUUUUCGCCGGUAUACGAGCUCGCGGCGGGCCGCGCAGCGCCCUGACCCGGCCUCACCAUGUUGGUGCUAUUUGAAACGUCUGUCGGCUACGCCAUCUUUAAGGUUUUGAAUGAGAAGAAACUUCAAGAGGUUGAUAGUUUGUGGAAAGAAUUUGAAACUCCAGAGAAAGCAAAUAAAAUAGUAAAGCUAAAACAUUUUGAGAAAUUUCAGGAUACAGCAGAAGCAUUAGCAGCAUUCACAGCUCUAAUGGAGGGCAAAAUCAAUAAGCAGCUGAAGAAAGUUCUGAAGAAAAUAGUAAAAGAAGCCCAUGAACCCCUGGCUGUAGCUGAUGCUAAACUAGGAGGGGUCAUAAAGGAAAAGCUGAAUCUCAGUUGUAUCCAUAGUCCUGUUGUUAAUGAACUUAUGAGAGGAAUCCGUUCCCAGAUGGAUGGAUUAAUCCCUGGAGUAGAACCACGUGAAAUGGCAGCUAUGUGUCUUGGAUUGGCACACAGCUUGUCCCGAUACAGAUUGAAAUUUAGUGCUGAUAAAGUGGACACCAUGAUUGUUCAGGCAAUUUCCUUGUUAGAUGACUUAGAUAAAGAACUAAACAACUACAUUAUGCGGUGUAGAGAAUGGUACGGCUGGCAUUUCCCUGAAUUAGGAAAAAUUAUUUCAGAUAAUCUGACGUACUGCAAGUGUUUACAGAAAGUCGGCGAUAGGAAGAAUUAUGCCUCAGCCAAACUUUCUGAAUUACUGCCAGAGGAAGUUGAAGCAGAAGUGAAAGCAGCUGCGGAGAUAUCAAUGGGAACAGAGGUUUCAGAAGAAGAUAUUUGCAAUAUUCUGCAUCUUUGCACUCAGGUAAUUGAAAUCUCAGAAUAUAGAACCCAGCUCUAUGAAUAUCUGCAAAAUCGAAUGAUGGCCAUUGCACCAAAUGUUACAGUGAUGGUUGGGGAAUUAGUGGGAGCACGGCUCAUUGCUCAUGCAGGUUCUCUUUUGAAUUUGGCCAAACAUGCAGCUUCUACAGUUCAGAUUCUUGGAGCAGAAAAGGCACUCUUCAGAGCCCUGAAGUCUAGACGAGAUACCCCAAAGUAUGGUCUCAUUUAUCAUGCUUCACUCGUAGGCCAGACAAGUCCCAAACACAAAGGAAAGAUUUCUCGAAUGCUGGCAGCCAAAACUGUUUUGGCUAUCCGGUAUGAUGCUUUUGGUGAAGAUUCCAGUUCUGCGAUGGGAGUUGAGAACAGAGCCAAAUUAGAGGCCAGGUUGAGGACCUUGGAAGAUAGAGGGAUAAGGAAAAUAAGUGGAACAGGAAAAGCAUUAGCAAAAACAGAAAAAUACGAACAUAAAAGUGAAGUGAAGACUUAUGAUCCUUCUGGUGAUUCCACACUGCCAACCUGUUCUAAAAAACGCAAGAUAGAACAGGUAGAUAAAGAAGAUGAAAUUGUUGAAAAGAAGGCCAAAAAAGCCAAGGUUAAAAUUAAAGUUGAAGAAGCCCCAGUAGCAGCAGAGGAAGAAGAAGAAGAAGAAGAAGAAGAAGGAGUACUAGUGGUAGAAGAACAGGAGACAUCUGUGAAGAGGAAGAAGAAGAAGGACAAAAAGAAACACAUUAAGGAAGAACCGCUUUCUGAGGAAGAACCAUGCACCAGCACAGCAAUUCCUAGUCCAGAGAAAAAGAAGAAAAAGAAAAAAAAGAGAGCUAAUGAGGACUAAUUGAAGGGAACCAUCUUUGAAUCAUCGGGAUACAUCACACUUAAGAUUCAGUCAGCAAUGUAUCUGAGAUGUUGUCUAACUGAGGGAAGGUUGGAUGAAACAAUGUUACUAAUCAUCUAAACCUUUCAAACGUAUGUGUCUUGACACCAAUUCUGUUAACUUGAUUAUGUCAUCAUUUCUUAGAGUCUUUGUUACACAAAUAAAAAUAUUUUCUUUGUAUUUUAA